AUGCUUGCAGGACUCAGAGGUAAUGACGAAAAUUCAACGAAUACGAAACCGAAUCAAACUGCCGGUACAAAGCAGUUAAAAAAAGAUACUGUUAAAAAGCAGAGCGAGGAAAAUAUUAAUCAUAAUACAAUGGAAUCAGGCAAAUGUGCGAAUACAUUGAAUGGAUGUACGCUCAAAAGUACUGAUGAUAAUGAUUUAUUAAACGAUAUAGCGGUUACAGGAGGAGCACAAGCAGUGAUAUCGUUACAGCGUACCGAUAGCGCUUUAAGUAGUGAAUCGGUAACAUCAUCACAGGCAUCGACUAAAUCCCCGAAUUCGACAUCAAGUCGACAUCUUCAUCAAAGUGGAACUAUAUCUCCUUCUAAUCAUCAUCAUCAUCAGCAACAACAACAACAACAAUCACAAUCACAAUAUCACCACCAUCAUCAUCAUAAUCAUCAAUCUCAAUCUCAAGCAACCGCUUUUAAGCAGCAUUUGAAGAGAUCUGGUGGUAGCAACAGUAGUAGUAAUGGUACAAUAAAUUCACCAACAUCGUCAUUACUUCAGAUGGAUGGAUCCGUGGGUAUAAUUGGUGGUAUGCAACAUGGGACAGCAAUAACAGGAGGUGGGAAUAAUGAUAAUUCAGGUAGUGGAUUUAAUAAUACACCAUUACGUAAAUCUACUACCACUGGUAAAGAACAACAACAACAGCAAAAUGCUAAUAAAAAAAAGCAUUUAAAUGGGAAAGAAAUUGAGGAGCUUGCCGCUGGCUUAAGAAAAUUGAAUUUAACAAAGGAGAAUUCUCUUAUCGAACAAUUUAUUACAAGUAAUUUUGAAGAUGAUGAAGUAGGAGGUGCGGUGGGACAGAUGCUCGUACAUUUCUCUAUCGAAGAGAAUCGGCUAGCCGGCAAAGCUGUGGCACGUAUCGCUGCACAGCUCCUCAAUUUUGAUACUGCAAACGGUAUUGCAGCUGCAUUAAUGCACUACUUUGAAUGCAGGGAUCGUUUACGUAUCGAUCAUUUUCGGGUUUGGAUUACUUUCCUCAAUUUUGUUUCCGAUUUGUAUGCUAGUGUUGGCUACAUUUAUGAAGGAGAACUUGUCGAUCUUGUUUUUCGUAUUUUCGGCUAUUUGCUCAAAGCACCUAUUCUCGAUACAUUAAAAAUUGAAGAGUUGGAAAGUUUGAUUGGUUGUUUGCUCAGCGUUGGAUAUGACCUCGAACGACAAUGUCCUGAACAAUUAGCUGUUUUAAAGGAUCUCAUUCGAGAUGCUUUUAUCGAGGUACAAGAACCUUGGGCACGUAAAAUGAUUCUUUUAUUGAUGGAACUGGGAGCAAGUGGAUGGAAACUUCCACCUGAAGCAAACGAAUAUUACUUCCAACAUACCAGUUCAUAA